GGGAAAAAGCAAUAGCACAAUUCAGCUGAAUCAUUAGUGGACAUAAAUUAUUUCCUCAACGUUAAGAGCUUCACCUCUAGUUCCACGUGUGUAUUUCCCCACGCUACAGUACUGGCUGUGUGUCUGCUGGUGGCUGGGGUUCAGCCCAUGGAGGACCCAACAUAUGGGGUGAAGCUCUGUGGCCGGGAGUUCAUCCGAGCAGUCAUCUUCACUUGUGGGGGCUCACGAUGGAGACGGUCACUCAAGAGCACAGCAGAUGUUUCAGAGGACCCAUUUAGCUCCCGUCAGGAUGAGUCCUCAGAGGGUUUGAGUCACAAUUCGGUGGUGGAGAGUCUUCUCCAAAGAAACAGAGAUCUAAGCUUCACAUCUAGAGACAACCAGGAGGGAAUAUUUAGCAGGCCGACCCGUUCUUUCAUCACUGAGGAGAUCCUAGAAGCCCUGCGCAAGGCUGACCGCAAAGGCCGGGAUGUGGUGGUGGGUCUGUCCAAUGCCUGCUGCAAGUGGGGCUGCAGCAAGAGUGAGAUCAGCUCACUUUGUUGAGAGUUGACCUUCGCCAUCUGAGUGGAUACAUCGGCAGGCAUAUUAUAUAC